CCGCUUCCCACCGUUCCAUUCUUGGUAAGACAAGCACUGGUGCACCUUGGCCUCGUGCGGCUCCGCACGCCAACCAAUUCUCCACGCCGCGCGUUUGCCAUUUGGAGACGACGACUCGCCCGACGCUCCUGCCAUGACGAUCACAGAAAUACGAACCCGUCGCAGCUGAUGCCGAUGCUCGAUCUCCCCGAACACCCGACAUGGAUUCGGUGUCGCGACUGCGCAGUUUCGGCGUCCGCCAGUACCUGAUGCGCUCGCCGCUGCGCAGGCUGGCGGUGCUGCUGACGCUGCGAAAAGUGCUGCUGCUCUUCUUCAUCUGGUCUAUCGUCGAGGCCCAGCUCGUCCGAAACCGAAUCGCUCAGUCUGAGCGCCUCUUCGCGUCGCGGCCCAUCCGCCUCGACAAGUCAUCGCGCGUCUUUAUUGCCAGCCUGCACUGGAACAAUGAGGCCAUCCUGCGGUCCGACUGGAACAGGGGCGUUGUCGAGCUGGUCAACGCCCUCGGCCCCGAAAAUGUCUUUGUCAGCGUCUACGAGAGCGGCAGCUGGGACGAUAGUAAGGGCGCCCUGCGCGAGCUCGACCAGGUCCUGGAAGACACGGGCGUCGCCAAGAAGAUCGUGCUCGACAAGACAACGCACGAAGAGCUAAUCGCCGGGCCCCCCGACGAGCACGGCUGGGUCGAGGCCCCCGACUUCCGCAUGAAGCUGCGGAGGAUACCGUAUUUGUCACGCCUGCGCAAUCUGUCACUGCAGCCGCUGCUGGACCUGGCCGAGAACGGGACCACCUUUGACCAUGUCGUCUUCCUGGGCGACGUCGUCUUCAAUACGUCAGACGUUAUCACGCUCCUGAACACCAACUACGCCCACUAUGCGGCGGCGUGUUCGCUGGACUUUAGCAAGCCACCCGGCUUCUACGACACGUUUGCGCUCCGCGACGACGAUGGCCACGAGUAUGCCUCGCUCACAUGGCCGUACUUUCGGUCCGCCAGCUCGAGAAAUGCAAUGGUCAAUGGCAUACCUGUCCCCGUGUCCAGUUGCUGGAACGGCAUAGUCGCCAUGCCUACGUCCGCCUUCACGGGGAUCAAGGGCCUCAAGUUCCGGGGCAUCGACGACGAGCUCGCGCAGUCGCACCUCGAGGGCUCCGAGUGCUGCCUCAUCCACGCCGACAACCCGGCGUCGCGCACGCGGGGCGUCUACAUGAACCCCCACGUGCGCGUGGCGUACAAUCGCGCGGCCUACGACCGGGUGCACCCGCGCGGGAGCAGCUGGCUCUCGCUGUUCCAGGUCUGGUCCGGUUUGUGGAGGAACCGGCUAGCGAGGUGGCUCACCACGCCCCGCCUCAAGGAGUACCGCAUCCGCAGGCGCCUGCGGCUGUGGGAGCAGGAGGGCGCCGAGAAGCUCGAGGUGCGCGAGGAGCCCGGCGACUUUUGCCUUAUUAACGAGAUGCAGGUCGUUGUCACCAACGGCUGGGCCCAUCGCUAGCGCAUACGUGUCUUGGCUUUAAACGAAUGUUGAGCGGUUUUAGACUUUAGACUUGCUUUUUACAGUUACAAUGCAAUCACUUGCUGGCUAGUUACACAAGAACAUAAGCGCGUGGGGGUAGUUGUUUCUUGAAGGUGGAGUGUAUAAGAAGCUGCAGUAAAUAGCGGCUUAUUGUCCUUCGCCUCUGUCCUAGGUUUCACAAAGUAUACUCGGCUAUCUGAGAGAGCUAACUAAGUCAAGCACAUUAUUAAUUAUUAAUUAUAUGUCACUGCAUUCGGAUGGGUCGAUAUAGGAGCCUCGGGUAUCGCUGACGCAAAUCUCGGCUUAUACCCGCAGCGAGGAAGCAAGUUUAUAGGACUAAAAAAAGCAAGCAUUGCUGAAAUGUAUA